UCUUUAGCUGACUUAACACAACCAGGCGUCUAACAGCUGCCUGGUUGCUAGACGACUCAGUCCGCAACACCUAAGUGAAAAUCAAAACCUCUGCUCGAGAAGACGACGACAUUCACAUUGAUUCUGUUGAAAAAUGGUUAACAGUCUAUCGCCACAUGAACGGAUUAUUCCCUGAGAUGGCUUGCAGCUUUCUUGUCGAAAAAUUCGACUUGUAGUAUAGCUAGCGUCUCUUUUGUUGUCCCAUGUUUUUACUACGAGGAUCAGGGGCAAGGCAAAGUAAGCCUCUUAUUUAUUUUUAUUUUUUACUGGAAAAAUGAGAGGAUUUCACAAGAAAAAAAGUAAAGUUUUACAGCUAUACGUAACGUUUGCUAACCCGCAAUGUUGAGCUCAGCAGCUAAGAUGUCUCGGCAGGCAAGUGAUGUUCAAACAGAUGAAGACUGUGAGGAGCUGGUUGAGGAUGGUUUCUCUCUUCCUGCUGAUAUUUCAGAACAGAGAUCAAGAGGAAAAAAGUCUUCUGGCAAGCCUCCUCCUUCCCCAAAGUCUCCAUACCUCUCCAGUCUGAAUGUUAACUCCCAGAGAGCAACAGUGGGAGCCUGGAGAUUGCCUAGAGCCUCCUUGGGAGACACCAGAGGGGACACUUGUGGUGAGACGUGCUCAGCUCGUCUCACAUCCCUCAGCAACGGCCAUGAUGUAUCUCAGAUGCUGAGAUCAGAGUGUGAUGGCAGUCCACCGUUUCUCAAACAGACCUUGAGCACAAGGAGAAACAAACACCUCCGCUUUGCAUCCAAUGGUUUUACUUUGAGUGCAGGUGACUACAGAGAAAAGGAGGAUAUGUAUGAUGAGAUCAUACGCCUCAAGAAGAGUCUCCAGGCUCAGAAGUCGGACAACCAGCAAAUGAAAGCAAAGCUACGGCGCCUGGAGGAAGAUAAUGCUAAAAGAGAGAAACAGAUUGAAGAACUACUGGACCCCACAAAGGGAUCUGAAUAUACUCGCAGUUUGGUGGAUAAGAAAAAAGAGGGGAGUGUGUUUACCAAUGGGCUGAAACAGAGGAUCCUGAAACUGGAGCAGCAGUGUAGAGAGAAAGAAAACGCCUUAAGUAAACUCCAAAGUGAACUGAGGACCACUAACUUGGAGGAGCUAAAGAUCACAGUAGAAACAUAUUUUGAAGAGAUCCAGAGACUGAGGAUACUUCUAGGAGCUGCAGAGAAAAGUAGUCGAGCAGAGAGUAAAUGUUCUCAGAGGCAGCAGAAAGCUUUAAGCUCAGCAGUUCAUCGCCUGUCUGAGAACCUGAAGCAGCUUGAACAGGAGAAUGCAGCCCUCAGAGAAGAGCUCAACACUGACAGUCCUGCUGGUGGAAUUAAAGGUUACAGAGAGUGGAGUAAACAGAGACUGUUAAGAAGGCUGUUAGAGGUGGAAAAGAGGCUGGAGGACAGGAAAAGACACACCCAUUCAGCAAAGAGCAGCAGCAGAUUGGAUCAGGAGGCCCAGGCCACUCUUCCAGAGAUUCUGGGAAUUACCAUGGCAACAAAGGCAGUGGUGUCUGUGGGAACGAUCACUGAGGAAAGGCAAGAGGUUUCUGAUCUGAGGGAAUGUCUCUGCCAAUUGGAAAAAGAGAGGGUGGAGCUUCUGGAGACUUUGGCAAGAAAAGAUGAUGAAUUGAGACAGCUCAGGGCUGAAAAAGAAGAACUGGAGAAAGAGACAGAACGAUGGAAAGAGGAACAAAAAAAAUAUUUUGACAAAAAGCAAGAGCUACAUAGACAGGAGUUAGAGCAGUCGUGGGCGAGGAUUCGAACUCUGGAGGAGGACAGAAGCAAACUUGCACAGACUGAGCUCCCCUCUCCUACAAUGGCAGAGAGUUAUGAGAAUGCUCAGCACAGGGCAGGUCAGGAGGAGGGAGAGAAAAAGGACACUGGAUGUAAAGAGAAAGGGAUGGAUGGAGAAGAAGAAUCUCAGAUUGAUGCAGAGAUGAAAGAAAGAGAAAAAGCAGCUUUGAUCAUUCAGACAAACUGGAGGUGGCACAGACAGAGGGACAUUGUGGCGUUGCAGUCUAUGUUAAGAGGCCAUCUCUUCAGAGAAUCACAGCUCAUUGACCUGAUGAAAGAUGCAAAGAAUAAGGCUGUGGACUCAUUUAACUGCAGUGAUGUAGCCGACUCUGUCAGUGGAGAGCUGGAUACGGUUGCCUUGACGAUGAUACAGUCUGCAUUCAGGGGACAUCUGGGUCGUUGUAGUCUUGAAAUAAGGAGCUCAGGGUUUGCUGUGCCUUCUCCAGUGGAAAACAAUCCACCCACUCCGGUACCACGAGGAACGGGCUUGACACACAGUCCCACCAGAACAUCCCAGACAGAAAUCCCUUCUACACCAGAGUUUGAUGGAGAUGCUGCUGCUGCUGAUUCUGACGAUUCUGACGACAUCAUCGUGUCUCCGUCACGUCCACUGAGAAGCAGAGAAGUCUUAAUGUUAUAGAUGCUGUGGUUUGUGUGUUAAUGUGUAAAAGCAUAUCUAUGGAGAUUUUUACUCAAAGCUUGUAUAUCACAGGCUUGCACAUAUUUUACCUACCAAAUCAUGUUUUUUAAGUUAUGAAUGUCUCCCCCUCACUAAUAACCACAACCAUUUUAAAAGUUGAAACAAAAUGCAAUUUUGUCCAGGUGUCGAUGUAAGGCUGUACUUUUAUAAAUGCAGGACAGGGCAGUCAUGUAAAAAUUAAACAGCCUGAGUUAAUUUAAACUUUUAUUCCUUUGCCAAAUAUCACUUAUUAAUUGGGGUCAACUUUUCUCUUGGUUGUUUUCUGUGCCGAAGUGCCUACUACCUAGGGAUUCACAUUAAACUUGGUGUAGUAAAUUCUGCUAACCUCACAGGCCAAAGGGUGCAGCCGUGCUCUAAGUUCCUCUGACCAUAUUUCAAUAUCCGUCAUUUGAAACCUGUAAGUGUGAGCUCACUAAUCUAUGCUUAAUAAAUUAUGGCUGAUUUCUAAGGUGUGAAUGGGAGCCAAUACUCAACUGAUGCACUAUUGAGCCAAACUGUGAAUAAAUUAUAGAUCACUCUGCUGCAUCACUGACCAGUCAGUACAGUGUAGGAUACAUAGGGAAUAUUCUUAAUGUCAAAAAUAUGUGUGCUUUAAAGUAGACAGAUCAUUUGUAGAAGUGUUAAGAAAACAAUGACUGGUUUUCUCAACAUGUGUAACUUGUGUUUUAUAAGGCACUCAAUAAAAUUCAGUUUUUUAAGUAAAA